UUUAAUUCAGGCCGGUCUAUAUAAACGAAGCUAAGAUCUUCCACCUCUGGCCGUCGUUCCAGAAGAUCUGAAGCGGAGGAGAAGAGAAGAAAAGCGUGACAAUGGGUCUCAAGGAGGAGUUUGAAGAAUAUGCUGAGAAAGCUAAAACUCUACCUGAAAAUACUACCAACGAGAACAAACUGACCCUCUAUGCACUUUACAAGCAAGCGACUGUUGGACCAGUGAAUACCAGCCGACCUGGCAUGUUCAAUAUAAAGGACAGAGCCAAGUGGGAUGCUUGGAAGGCUGCUGAAGGGAAAUCAAAGGAGGACGCGAUGAGUGACUACAUCACCAAGGUGAAACAGUUGCAGGAAGAAGCUGCUGCUGCUUCCUGAACUAGUCUCUGAUGCUGCUCGAGGAAAGGAUUGCUGCUUGCUCUCCUGUGUUAUCAUCUAGACCAGUGGUUAUCUAGUUUGAAGUUUGAAUCAUGCAAUGAUGUACAAGCCACAUUUCCUUCGUCACUAAUAAUGGAUGAUGCUUCCUGGUCAUAAUCUUACCGUGUAUGUUCUGCAUUGGGACUGCAUAACUACUAGACAUAUCUCAGCUUAUUUUGUGGACUCAGUUAAAUAUUUCUUUCACUU